AGAUUGUAAUCUAAGCUAUUGACACGAGAGUAUUCCGUCAAUAAUUAGAACUUUCGUUAAAAAGUAACCCAGAAAUUCGGUUUCGCGAGCCGAAAUUUUCAAUAUCUUCUUAUGAGUCAAUUAGUUUCAUAAGUGCAAAUUUUCUAUAAAUUAGUUACCUGAAAAUCGGGUUUUAGUCAAACUUUCCUAAGAAUAUUCAAUUCAGCAACCGGUUUUUCACAAAUGACAUGCGUUUUUGAUGUUGACUGAUUUUUGCAAUGAAGUGAAUCGUCUUCGACCUUCGUCGGGUGACAACACGAGUCAGAAAUGGGUAAAAAAUCCUUUCUCUGAUCAGGAUGUUCAGCUUCCUCUGGCCCAGCAGUGUAGAGGUAACGACACUGUCACCAACAGUCCUCAACUCUCCACAGCCAUUCCACGAGCACCAUCAACGGUCGGACCUCCAGUUUGAGCCUGAACAGGCCCAAGAACGGACUAUUGUGGUCGAGGUUCCACAAGCCGUACUAAAUGAGAAAGUUCCUCACCUGCACGUCCAUAACGUAACCCACAUCCACACUCUUAUAUACGCAAAUGGUACAAAUUAUACGUACUCUGCGAACUACUCACACCCCUACAUCCACGGCGGCUACGGUGCAGUCGUACCUCCGCGAUAUGGUGGCGGUGGAGGCUUCGGCGGUGGUAUCGGCACGGCGCUAUCGGGUUGGUAUCAACUGAAUUUGGGUCUCAUUGGAAUAGGGGCCCUAGCUGUUGUAGCCAUCAUCGCUAGCCGAAACUUUUUCUCAAACUACGUUUAUUAUAAGAAGUCCUACAAGUAUGAUGAACCAGAUCCCUACUAUGGAUCAACUGGAGGCUAUUACAGACGUGACUGGUACGAAGACUGGUAUGAUCGUUGGUACCGUGAAAAUGGUGUAGACUAUUCUCCAGACGACUAUCAGGAUGAACACGAUCAUAAAGGAUACGACAAGCACAGAGUUUACAGCAAACGGGACAGUUAUUACUCAAACAGAAGCAGGUACAAAAGAAACUUGAACCUUGAUCAUGGGCAACGGAAACCUAUUGUUGAUACUGGACAGAAAGAGCCUCCUGACGGAGGAAGAAACUAUACAAUUGGGACAUCGAACAAUGGCAAACGAAACGUAACAUCUGCUGCUUGGAAAACUGCAGCUCACUGCGCUUUUCGACUGACUUGCGACCUCACGCGGCAGAAGCAGCGCUUGCUCACGGAAUUCGAAUUUGAAGUUUUAAGUCAAAUGAGGAUCGAAGAGCUUGGCAUGAAUAUCUUCCAAGCGACCCCGGGUCAACAGCAGACGAACCCUGGGCAUGCUGACUACAAAAUAGCCGGACAGCUCGGCCUUGAUGGUUUUAAUUGCAGCAAACUAUCUGGAACUUGUCCUCAGAGUCGCAUGCAAGUCAGGAAAACCAUUUCGAAAUUCCAUAAACAGUUAAAGUUGGAAACGAACAAGGAGCGUCGAAGGGUGAAAACUUCUGGAGAUGAAUAAUUUUUCGUACGCAAUCGGCCCAACGUUUUUGCCGAUUAUCACUUGUAAAUUUAUUUUUCUCUGCAAGCAAUCACUAACAGGGUAAGCAGAUUACAGUGAUCAACCCUAACGGCUUACUUCUGAUUCACCAGUAAAUUACUUAAUAGAAGAAAUGAUACGGUUAACUUGUACAGCCUAAAAAUCUGAUUAGCUGAGCAGGAGCCAAACGGUCAAAAAUAGGUUAUAUUUAAACAUCGAACAUUUAUACACAAAUUAUUUAGCUUAUUAGAAAUAUUAUCUAAUUUUAAUUAGAAUGGCUGCUUAAAAUAUACAUUGAAACUGAAAUGCGGGAGUGACUUCGGAUACGUAUUUAUCAUGUGCCAAAUUCGAAAACAGUUUUUUUACUUAUAAUACAAUCUGAACGAAUUAAAAAUGCAUUAUAAAGUACCGGGCUAGAAUUUCAGGUCCGGUUCAGUGUUAACAAAACACAAGACAUACAUCCAUCUAUGUGUAGUUUUUUAAAUUUAUAAAAAACGUGUAAUUGAUAAAAAUUCAUUGCUGAAAACUGAAAAUAAUUAGUUCCUUAGUGUAGUUGCAGGAAUUUAUGCCUGUGAACAUCAGCUUGUUUGAUUUAUCAUUUGAAUAAUAACGAUUUAGCAUUUGAAAAUUGAACUGCAUUUAAAUAUUCAUCACCUGAAAAAAUAUUCGAUCUCAAUUCAAAACAUAACCAUUAAUAGCGACCCGACAUUUAUUUACUAAUUAAUAUUUAUUUUAGAAACUAGAUCAAAUAUUUAUUUAUCUAUUUAUUUAUUUAUUUAUUAGUUUAUUUAUUAACUUACUGCUAAGUCAUUUAAGUACCCACUCACUAGUGAUGAGAUCUUGUGAUGAGAUACGUUGCAUAUAGGCUAAAUAUCUAUGACUCUGAUAACUCCUACCGAUACAAAACGGAAAUCUCAAUGAAACUCUUGAAUUAAUUUCGACCUCACUGUAAUCUACAGCUUUCAAUAUAAAAAUAUAUGAGAAGAAAACCCUUAUUAUAUGUUGUUAUAUGGCGGGGCAUUUCCGACUCGUUCAAUAUACAUUUGUAAAAAUGAAAGUCUCGGUCUUUGUUGGAGUCUUCAUUCUCCGACUCAACCGAACGAGAAAAACAUUGGUUUUUGCCGGUCUGCAGGUUGUGUUUUAGGUCACAUGGAGCUAAUGAUAGGUAAUAGAACAAGCUCCUCAUGUAAUUUUUAUUACUCCGAGCAACCUUUUUAAUUUGGGCAAGAAAAAGUUAAUGGAUGUCUUCGUUGCAGUCGUGGGAAAAAUUUUGCUCGAUGUGGAACGAAAAAAAGUAAGGUAAUUCGCAUCUUCUGAAUUAUUUAAAGAUUUUUCAUUUGUUUGUUAUACCAUGGAUGAAGAAUGGUACCCCCAAGUAAUUCGCAGCGACUGCUUUAAGUUUUGAAGAGAAUUCAGAAGUUCUAUCGAAUUAAUACAAAUACGAAAGCAAUAGAUUCAAUAAUUAGCAAUGGUUACCAACCAAUUUCUAUAUUUUAAUCACACAAUAAUAUAACCUCAUUUUAUUGGUCUUCUUCUGCCAAAACUCUGUUCAAUUAUCAUACAUAUAAAAAUUAUAAAAUACGACAAUGCGUUCAUAUAAUUUUAGUGUUUAUUUUAUCAGUAAAAAUUAUUUCGAUCAGUGGAACAUGGUAAAAACAGCUAGGUAGUACCCAACAUCCAAACGCUUAAGAAGCUCCCCUAUUAAAUGAAUUCCUAUUAAAA